CACUCCCCCAGUGAAAUGCGCGGGAAGCCGCGAGCGUCGUCUCCGCGCAGCCCAGAGAAGUCGAGCGUCGAUCGGUCGCUCCGAUCCGCCUUGGUCUCCUCGCAUCGGCGCUCGGCGCGCGGCUGCUCUGGCCUGGGCCCUGGGCCCUGGUUAUCGUCACCACUCCCCCCCGCCCGCCUGCGAGAGAGGCUUGAAGUGAAAAUGGCGGGUUUAAGUCAAAUGCAAGCAAAGUUGGCUGCAUAUAAAUCGGACACAAACGAAGCCAUCUCACUAAAACUAGUGAGAAACCUGGAGGAUCUAGAGGACGAUGAAACAACAUUUAAGCCGGAGUAUAGCCACCAAGUUUUUGAUGACAAUGAGACGGUGUUUGGAUACCAGGGGUUGCAAAUCCAGCUCUACUACAGUGCGUGUCGCCUCACCACCCUGCUGAACAUCAAGUACACCUCUCGAGUGGAUGAAGCGUUCCACGGCCUGGAGGCAGAUGACAUCGAUGCGAAGCUGCGCAAGUACGUUCCACCAGGAUGCUGUUCCAACGUGGAUGACUUUGUUUCACUGCUCGAGAAAGAUGCCUCGUUCAAACCGUUUGGGGAGCUUCUGCACACGUACACCGUGCCAAGCCAGGAGACGGGCGGAGACAUCACCUACCAGAUCUACAAGGCUGAUAUGACAAAUUCAGGUUUCAAAGAGUUCCAUUCCAGGCUUCAAACCUUCCUCAUCUGGUUCAUUGAGACUGCAAGCUUCAUUGAUGUGGAUGAUGAGAGGUGGAACUAUUUCCUGCUAUACGAGAAGUACAUGCAGGAUGGCUCUCCCCGCUACGCCGUUGCAGGCUACAUGACCGUCUACAGUUACUAUGCCUACCCUGACAAAACACGGCCACGCAUCAGCCAAAUGCUGGUGCUCCCGCCAUAUCAGGGCGAGAGCCACGGUGCCCGUCUGCUGGAGGCCGUGCAUCGAUUCUACAUCGCCGAGCCCAAUGUGCUCGACAUCACGGCUGAGGACCCGUCGGAGAACUUCUCGCGCUUGCGGGACUUUGUGGACACUAAGUUGUGCAUGGCGCUGCCGGCCUUCUCCCCGGACAAGCUUCUGCUCGGUUUCACUCGUACCAUGGCCACCGAGGCCCAGCUGCGCCUCAAAGUCAACAAGCGGCAGGCGCGGCGCGUGUAUGAGAUCCUGAGGCUGAAGGCAACGGAUGGGAGCAACCAGAAGCAGUUUGAACUCUACUGCCAGGAUGUGAAGCAGAGGCUCAACCUGCCCUUCAAGUGUCUGUGCGCUGUUGGAGCAGAAAAACAACCGCGAGUUGGAGAAGAUGCGCCGCUUUCUGAACUCGGAGGAGCUGACGGCACAGCUGCAGCAGCUGGACCCUGUGCGACAGGAGCAGUGGCUGGAGGAGCAGCUGCAGGAGACGCUUGCGCAGUACCGCCGCGUGCUUGAGCGCAUCGCACAAGCCUAGCGUCCUCGCCGGGCCCCACGUUCGGGGGGGGUGCUCGUGCUUUGCUGCACAACACACACAGUCCCGCCGUUGAUUGUUAAUCCCCCUGCGACGGCGAGGUCAUCGGAGCGACUUGGCGUGUUGCGUUGGCGCCGAUCGCUCGCCCCGUGCGCGCGGAUGGUUUGCGUGCUGCAGUGUUGUGUCGGGCAGAGUAGAGGAGGCGAUCCCCUGUUAACGCAAGGUCGAGCGAUAAAAUAAAGGAAACUCCUGUACUCGCUGCACAGCGUGAGAGGAGUCGGCGCAGCACGUGCCGGGAGUUUGGACAGCGCUGAUAAUGCGAGGCAGCUGUGAUGCCACCAAUUGGGAGUUGGUUGUGGUCAUACUGAGCACUGAAGGUGGCACUGCAGUGUAUAAGCAGUUCUCUGCUGUCAUAAAAAAAGUGUAUUUUGUAUCAUAGGGUCACACUUGUAAGCAAACUAACAGUCUUUGUGAAUCUACACGUUGGAUUUGAAGCAAAUUACAAAGCAUUUAGUUCACUGUUGUAAACGGUGCCUACUUUGUGCUUCACCAGUGCUGUCCACCGAAUGUGUUCGGCAACUACCACCCCCUUUUCACACUUGUACAACCAGGGGACAGCCCAUCUAACACAUGGCCGUUUGAAUUAUGGGGUUACCUGGAUUAUAAAUGCACCCUCAAACGGGCAAUAAUGACUGAUUUUUGGAUUGUAAUGUAGCUUGACUGUUUAAAUUCCUCCAUGUACAUAUCUACCCUUCAGAGCUCUGCAGGCGCUCAGGUCGCACUGGUAUUGUGCGGUAGUGGAAGUAAUCGCUGCGGUGGCUUGUGUCAUCCUCCUGGAUGGCGCGCGCGUGCAUCGUAUAAGUGAUAAUUGAUACGAGCAAAACUGGAACAACAGCACUUGAGCGCCUUGUAAAAUGUCUAUGCUUUUGCAAGAGUCGUAACGGCACAGCUGAUCUAACUUCUGGGCUGUAUUUCCUAGACACAGCAGUGACUCGGCUAACAUCUGUUUCCUUUUUUCUAACAAGCAUCGGAACAUCUGCUAAAUAACACCACGUCUUGCCGACUGUUACACUGUUUUAGACUUCUUUAAUUGUUCUCGUUACGAAUGUUCCUGCGCCACCAUUUAAGUUAUGUGCAUUCCUGCACAAGAUUUAAACUGAAGUGUUUAUAAAGUUGAAUGUUGUCUUCCAUACUUGAGUUGGAUUCUUUCUGUUUUCAAAGUAGGUGCUUUCAAAUAAGUGGGCUCGUGGGCAGGACACGGUCGACGGAAGGGAUGAUGGGUGGUGGCUUAAACUAGCGGCGGAGUGCCAGCCAAGGAAGGGAAUGCACGUGAUAGGAUGCCCACUGCAGAAUUGGGAGUGAUGAAAUUGGAUCGUGCAAGAAUGAGAUGGAUUGUGGCAUCACAAGGGAGAGUGGGAAGGCCUCCCAACAUCAUAGCUGAUGAUUGUUUAAUAUCUUGCUGUAGCUUGAAUGCAAAAAAACACUAAUUUGUUCAUAAUACUGCCUUCAAAGAUACAAAAAUAUAUACUCGGCAUGUUGGGCAAAGGCCCUUUAUUUGAAAUAAAUAGAUCUGAGAGAUGACGUUAAGAGAUGGAGACUGCACUUAACAACAUGAGGCCUGAUGAGUUACAUUUAAAAAAAAUUCUGAUCACUUUUUUAAAUAGGCAUGAAUCGUUUCCCAGUGAUAACUAUUGAGUAAUAUACAACCCCUUAAAAAAAAUCUAAAACUAUUCCUAAAGCUCAUUAAAAGUAAUUCAAAAUGUUGCUGGCACAGUUUAGCUUUUAAUAAUUUUAACUUUUAAUGUAAAUACGUUUUUUAGUAGUACUUUUUGGAUUAUUUAAGGUUGAUUAAUAGCUAUUAUUCAUGCCUACUUUAAAGAGUGACCAGGAAACAUUUUAAGGAAAAAUUCUCAUCGUCCCCGAUGGUACACAGUGUUAUGGAGGGCCUUUGCCUAUUAUGUACUUUUAUUUUAAGGCUCCAUUUUUAUUGUGGAAUGUUGAGGAUUUUUUUGUUAAUUGUGCUAAAGCACGGCUGCCAACAGCAUUGCCAUUUUUUUAUUUACAAAAUGCAAGUUGUCUUAAACGUAAAUUGACGCCUCCUUCGCAUGGACAAACUCAACCACUGCAAAUGUUGAGGCUCUGAUUGGUAAGCAUAGACCUCGGUAUACAUUUGGAAAACAUUUUUGGGUUUCUAAGGUUAUAUGGAGCGCUGAAGAGAAUUGCAGCUGGGACACCUUCCUGUAUACAUGUACGGGACCUAUUUGCUAUUUUUCUUGUAUAUAAAGAACACGUAAAAAACUUAA